AGAUUGAUCCUCCCAAGAACCUCCGUGUAUCAGAUGUGACUUAUUCUACUGGCGUGGUUACCUGGACUCCUCCUGCAGCACAGAUUGAUGGCUACACUCUGAUCUACCAGGAUCAAGAUGGCACGAGCGAGGAAGUACAGCUGAGUCCUAGUGAACAAAAAUUUGUGCUGGAAGGACUGGAACGAGGAGUGAGGUAUACCGUCUUUGUGAUGGCUUAUCAGGGAGAUCUCCAGAGCAGAAAGACGGACACUACCUUCUCAACAAUUAGCUUCCUCUACCCGUACCCCGCGGACUGCAGCCAGGUGCAGCAGAACAGAAAUGCCUCCAGCGGCAUGUACACCAUUUACCUGAACAGGGACUGCAGCCGGCCGAUGGAGGUGUACUGCGACAUGACCACUGAUGGAGGCGGGUGGAUAGUGUUUCAGAGGCGGAGCACUGGCGAGCUGGACUUCUACAAACGCUGGAAAAACUAUGUGAAAGGCUUUGGAGAUCCCACCGGGGAAUUCUGGCUUGGUCUCAACAAGCUGCACGAUCUCACGAGCAGGAGCCCCAUCCGCUAUGAGCUCCGGGUGGAUUUGCGGACAGCCAGUGAAUCCGUCUACGCCGUCUACGACUUCUUCCAGGUUGCCUCGCGCAGAAACAGCUACAGGCUGUCGGUGGGGAAUUACAGAGGCGAUGCUGGGGAUGCAAUGACCUACCACAAUGGCUGCAAGUUCACCACGUGGGACAGAGACAAUGACGUGGCUCGCAGCAACUGUGCUCUGACACACCAUGGUGCAUGGUGGUACAAGAACUGUCACUUGGCCAACCUCAAUGGGAAAUACGGGGAGAGCAAGCACAGUGAGGGUGUGAACUGGGAGCCAUGGAAAGGCCGUGAAUUCUCCAUCCCUUUUACUGAGAUGAAGAUUCGUCCUCAGUCUUCCAGUAACAAGCCAAUCCUGGGGAGGAAGAAGAGGUGUCUAUCAGGGAAGAGGAAGAAGAUUAGGGCUUAA